AUGUUCACGGGUUUAAACGAAUUCUUGAAAGAAAAACGAAACGAAUUCAAUACCAUGGUUGGUAUAUUUUCCAGAUUUUCUGUUGGUAGAAGUGGCCAUAGACGAACACAGAGUGCUGUCGAUGAGAGGGGAGCAUUGCCUCCAACUUCUUCGGAUCUUGUAGCUUCAACUAAAACCCCAACCGGUUCAACACAUGGGAUCGAAGAAGAAACAGAGUUUAAACCGGUGGAACACCCGAUGGAGCCCUUGGAAAACGAUCAACCGAUCCAGUGUCCACUCCCGGAGCCGUCCAUUCUCAACGAAGGGAAAAUCUGGAAAGAGAGAGUCUCGUCUUCCAUAAGGAGACGAGGAGGCGAUUUGGCGAUUGUUCAAGAUGGAAUGAGUGAAGAAUCUGAUGGCUCUGUUAAGAAACCCUCGGCGACUAGCCAAUGCAAUCCCAAACGUCUGUUCUUGCCUUCUCUUAGCGCGCCUGAACACCACUUGCUUAAUAUACUUGAAGAAUGCAAACCGUCCGGUAGUAUCUAG